UUUUUUUCAAGGAUGACAUAUCACAUUUAUGUCAUGCCUUAUGCUGCCUCAUUGGCACCAUAGAAUUCCUGCAAUAAUCCCUCGUAAAAAUGAAAAUAGGACAAGAAACAAAAACCUUCUCCGCACAUAACUUCACCUCGCAGUUCGCUUUCCGGCCAAAUUUAGUGUACUUCUCUUCUCUCUGAGUGCUUCAUUUCCUGAAAAGCCAUGCAACCUCCUGCUUCUUCUUUCCCCCCACAUCCUGGUUCCUUUGGAGCUGUAGUAUCACAGGCCACAGCUCCUCCAGGCCCGCGUGUUGUGAUUGAAGGAAGUUCAUCACUUGCUGGAAAUUAUUCUUUCAGUGGAAAGGUGCAGCCAAAUCAGACAGAUCUAUCACAUCGAACUAAUGUGAGAACUGAUGAUACGGGAUCGAUGAAUUCUGCACAAACAUUUAUGCAAUCUGGUUCUCAGUCUGCUCAUCCACAUCCUAGUCCAAAUAAGCCUAUGUGGAUGCCCUCCGCACCAACAUUUCAAGUGCCUACAGGGAUUUCUAAAACUCCCCUAAUACCUUCUUCGGUUCCUUCUCCAUCUACUUCAACCAUCCUAUCUUCAUCUGCCGACUCAAGUGCACAUAUAAGAACCUUUAUGCCCCCUGCUCCUGUUAGUGUUAUCUAUAACCCCCCAAUUCAGCAUAAUUUCCCAUCCCCUUCUCCUCAGGAGGCUUCACCUGGACUGUGGUUGCAGAAUAAUGGCUUAGCUAGACCACCAUUUUCUCCAUAUGCACCUCUCUGUGCUCCUUAUUCCAUGCCCUCUUGUGGUAUGCCGCCAGUUUCUGUUUCAUAUCCUGAUAUCCAACCCCCUGGUGUUGGUGUUUCUCCACCUAUAUCUGCAGUUGGAGUCCCUGCUGCUGAUGGUCAAUCUGUGGGUUCUGGACAGGCAGAGUUACUUUCGGGAAUUGAUACCAAAGAGCAACUGGAUGCUUGGACUGCGCACAGGACAGAAACCGGCACUGUUUAUUAUUAUAAUGCGGUGACUGGGAAGUCAACAUAUGAGAAGCCACCUGGUUUUAAAGUAGAGUCUAAUAGAGCCACUCUGCAGACAACUCCUGUUUCAUGGGAGAAAUUGACUGGUACAGACUGGACAUUGGUUACCACUAAUGAUGGAAAAAAAUAUUACUACAACUCUACAACCCAGUUAAGCAGCUGGCAAAUACCCAGCGACGUAAUAGAAUUGAAGAAGCAGCAAGAUGCUGAUGCUCUGAAAGCUCAAUCAGUGCUGGUUCCAAGUGUCGUUAUGAAUAAAGGUGUGGAUCUUGCUAGUUUGAGCACACCUGCUGCUAACACAGGUGGUCGUGAUGCCACAUCUAUUAGACCUGCAGCUGCCUCUACUUCCUCUUCUGCACUGGAUCUCAUAAAAAAGAAGCUGCAGGAUUCUGGAAUACCUGAUUCUACAUCUCAGUCUACAGCUUUAUCGAGCACGGUGCCUUUAGAACUGAAUGGGUCAAAACCAACUGACGGUCCCAGCAAGGAUCCACAAAUGGAGAAAAAUAAAGAUAAGCGCAAGGAUACAAAUGGUGAUGUUGAUACGUCUAAUUCCUCUUCAGACUCUGAGGAUGAAGAUGGAGGUCCCACCAGGGAGGAGUGUAUCCUUCAAUUCAAGGAAAUGCUUAAGGAACGAGGAGUGGCACCAUUCUCCAAAUGGGAGAAGGAACUUCCCAAAAUAGUGUUCGAUCCUCGCUUUAAGGCUGUUCCAAACCAUGAUGCGCGAAGAGCUAUUUUUGAGCAUUAUGUCCGGACACGUGCUGAAGAAGAGCGUAAGGAAAAACGAGCUGCUCAAAAGGCGGCUGUGGAGGGUUUCAAGCAGUUACUAGAAGAAGCGAAGGAGGAGAUUGACCAUAAAACUGAUUUUCAAACAUUCAAGAGGAGAUGGGGUGAUGAUCCACGGUUUCUGGCCUUGGACAAGAAAGACAGGGAAACUUUGCUGAACGAGAGGGUUUUGCCUCUGAAGAGGUCCGCUCAAGAAAGAGCUCAGGCAGAGCGUGCUGCUAUAGUAUCUAAUUUCAAGUCGAUGCUUCAGGACAGGAAAGAUAUUACCUCGAGUUCCCGCUGGUCAAAGGUGAAGGACAGCUUAAAAAGUGAUCCAAGAUACAAGUCUGUCAAGCAUGACGACCGGGAGAAGUUGUUUGAUGAAUAUGUUGCUGAAUUGAAAGCUGCUGAAGAGGAGACAAUGCGGAAGGCAAAAGCAAAACAGGACGAGGAGGAAAAACUGAGGGAAAGAGAACGAUCUCUACGCAAACGAAAAGAAAGAGAGGAACAAGAAGUUGAGAGGGUGAGGCGAAAAGCUCACAGGAAGGAGGCUAUUGAAUCAUAUCAAGCUUUAUUGGUAGAAACAAUAAAAGAUCCUCAGGCGUCCUGGACUGAAUCAAAGCCUAAGUUGGAAAAGGAUCCUCAAGGACGUGCUGCAAAUCCUCAUUUAGAUAAAUCCGACUUGGAGAUGCUUUUCCGGGAGCACGUUAAAACGUUGUAUGAGAGAUGCAUGGUGGAGUUUAAGGGUCUAUUGGCAGAUGUGAUAACUGAGGCAGCAGCUCAAGAAACAGAAGGUAAAACUGUAAUUACAUCUUGGUCGACAGCCAAACAAGUCCUAAAGAAUGAUCCCAGAUACAAUAAAAUGCCGAGAAAGGAAAGAGAGUCUCUGUGGCGUCGUCAUGCUGAGGACAUAUUGCGAAAGCUCAAGAAAUCGAGCCAAGUUGAAGUUGAUGGUCGGAGAACUCAUGCCAGAUAGAUAGAUUAUUUCUGUACUUUUUUGCUAUAUUUAUUCUGAGAUUCUCAUUUAUCUUAAAGAAGAAAAUAUGCAACUCAACAUGCUAGCAAUGCCGAACAAUAAACAAGUAGUAAAAUGUGAUGUAGCUCUGGAAUCGGUGGUCGUGUGCAGAUUAUAUAACGCCCCGUUCGAAUAUUAGAUUUUUCGGAGUUUAUUUUAAUUAAUGGCAUUUUAUUUUAUUAUUUAUAUGCUUUGAUUAUGUGAUUAUAUAUUAUAUUAUUAUGUGGAUAAUAUGAUUAUAUAGCUCAUUCGAUUUUAUUUUAUCGAUCGCCGUUUGAAUUUUCGGUUUAAUCGUGUAAGUCGAAUUGUUGUUCGUUUUAAUUCGUGUUCGAACCAUUGCGACCCGAACUUCGAACCGAUUCAACUAGCCUCUUAAGACCAUUAUAGUUUCAGCUCUUUAAUAGUAUUUUUUUCAGCCAUCAAAACCAACCAAAAGAGUUUUAUUUAGAGAAAAUUCAAAUUAU